CACAGAAUAAGGAGUAGUCCUUAUUCUGUGCCUUUGUCCGUUUUCAAACCGUCAGCUGGCAGGGGUAUACGUAAGUCACCAGAGCGCAAAGGUCGCUCUGAAAAACAUGAGGGCACUGGUAUCUACUUCUUCAUGAGCAAGCAAAAUUCAAAAUGGCGUCUUUUUCUGAAAGAGGUUUGUGGCAAAAUGGUCCAUUUCCAGGCAGAUUUCACGACUUUCCACGACAAACUCCAACUACCAUGCAUGGUCCAGCAAAGAGAAGCAUGUGAGUGUACUUUUGGUUGUUUUUAAGUGAUGAUUUACGGUAGUUUUUGUGACAAAAAAUUGACUCUAAAAUGGCUAUAUUUUUGUGGCAUGAGGCGGUUAUAAAACAAUGAUAUUUUGUAGGUAUCCAGUUACACAAGGGACCUCAGUUCUUGGUGUAUGUUUUAAUGGAGGAGUGGCUUUGGCUGCAGACACUUUAGGUAAUUUAUGCAACAUACAAAUUGUAUAAUACAAUAUUGUCAAUAUAUAGCCUGUAUAAUAUAGGUAUAAAUAGUCAAAUAGAUUUGCUGUGAUAAUUGAGCAAACUGGAAAGUUUGAAAAUUGCGCACCCAUUAAGGUUUCGAAAAUUUACUGGUAAAUAUACAGAAAGCAUCAAAAUUGUAUGCCCGAUAAGUCCAGUUCUUUUGAGUAUAAAAGUUUUUAUGAUUACAUAAUUAUCUUCACAGGGUCUUAUGGUUCUCUGGCGAGGUUCAGAUCUUUAUCUCGUCUCAUGAAAGUGAAUGAGAACACUGUGAUUGGUGCGUCUGGUGACAUCGCUGAUUUCCAGUAUAUUCAAGAAACUCUUAAACAGAAAAUGUAAGCUUGGAUAAUUCACCCAUUGAGUGGCAGCACUCUCCACUUGACGAGUAAAAUUGCCUGGUGUUAGACAGAGUAAAAUACUAAAGUAGGGUGCAUCAGGGUGCAUUGCCACUUAAAGGGUUAACUAGUUUUAUGAUUAGCCAGCGCUCUACCCUUGAUGAGUAAAAUCGUCUGGUGUUAGACAGAGUAGAAAAAAAGUAGGCUGCAUUGUGCCACAAUGCAACUUUUAUCAUUUAUAGACCUGAACAAGGGGGAUUCGGCGAAAUAAAUAUUACCCGAAAUAAAGCCCUGGGUCUACAAAUGAUAUAUUGGGUCGUUCCAGAAAAGAGCCAUACUCCCCCCACAGAGGAAAUUUCUGCCGUCCAGAGGGGGAGAGGAGAAAAUUCUGAUAAUAGUAAAUGUAUUAGGACAUCCGAAGGGGGUAGGGGGGUUAACUUCCUAUAUUUCCUCUGUGGGGGUGGUAUGGAUGUUUUCUGGAAUGACCCAUUAUACCAAAAAUAUGUUUUGAGAAUAUAAAACUUGCCACAUACGUUUGUGAAUAAGAUGAUUUAGAUCACCCGCUACGUCAAAUACAAUGACGUAUGGUGUGAUUUGAUGAUAAAUUUCAUGCUCAUGUGGCACAAACUUAGCUUUCUGAUUGGACAGUUUGAAUUUGAGGUAUAAUAUAAUGGGUUAACCUAGUUUUUGUGCUUCUGAAAACUGUAAUUUAAUAUUUUCUAGCAUUGAUGAUGCAUGUUUUGACGAUGGCCAUGGCUAUACACCCAAAUCAAUUUUCUCUUGGCUAACAAGAAUUUUAUAUUACAGGUUUGCUUAAAAUUUAUUUGAUUUGCUUAAAAAUUGUGAAGAUUGCCACAUUUUGAUAGGCAGUUGCGAUUUUGAAAAAAAUCGAUAUAUCAAUAUCGAAAAAGAAUAUCGAUAAUAUCGAUUAUAUCGAAUUAUGCAAAUGAUUACGUAAAAAGUAAUUUAGUCAACUUGCAUGUAUACACAUCACAAACAGUUAAAAAGAAGUGCAUGAAACCAGUCACAGUAUGUCUCAAAGAUUUAUUAAUAACAACAGUUCAUCCGUUUAUAAAAGUUUAAUUAAUUAAAGAUAUAUUUACAAGCCUAAUGGUUUCACAGUACGAUUGCUUAAUGUCAGUGUUGUAAAUACUCAUUACAAUAGUAACACGUUACUAAUUACAAAUUACUUUUUGAGUAAUUUUGACGGUAAUUAAUUACUUUCUUUACUGAAGUAAUUUGUAACACAUAAAUUAAUUCAUAAGAUAUCUAUGAAUUAAUUACAUUUUGAAGGUAACAAGUAAAAUUUUCUGAAAGUAAUGUCACGUCACUUUUCAAUUUUACUUCGAUCUCACACAACAUUCAUUGCACAUAAGGCUUAAAAAAAAAUACCUGUGGUUCCGGUUUCAUAUCGUGAAAAAAUUAGGGUCGGUAGGUCGGAAAUUAUUUUUUUUUUCAAUAUUUUUUUUCAUGGUUUUGGCGGUUUUUUGCUGGGCGAUUUGCAGUAGAGUCCCGACAUCAAUAUUAACUAGAGAUGCGUAUUUCCUAUGGACGAAUUUAGGCAAUUUGGUGACCGAUCUGUGAAUUUGGUUCAAUAAUUAGUGUGACAACAGACGCCAUUUUGGCACGCUGUAUGAGCUGCCCGCAACCACCUGGAGAAAAUAGGGUCGCACGGUCAAUCGCGUUGAAAAAAUAAUAGGGUUGGCGGAAAAAAAUUAGGGUCGGUCGGGAACCGGAACCACAGGUAUUUUUUUUUACACCUAAUGUAAAAAGUAGUAAAACAUUUUUCUAGGUAGCAGGCUUUCUUGCCAUCCUACUUUUCCUACUUUUUCCUACUUUUCUUCAACUUUCCUACUUUUCCUAUUUUUUAUUAAAAAUUGCUUGAUUUUCCUACUUUUUCCUAAUUUUUCUCAUAAAGUCCUACUUUUUUAAGACAGCUUGGGGAAUCAGUAUGUUAUAGUUUUUGUAAUUAGGGACUCGUAAUAUGUAUUCCCUAUUUGUGUCCCAGAUGAUAAGAUCUCGGGAAGAGAAGAAGUACAUUUUCCAAGUAUAAAAUUCCAUGAUAGCAUCUCUAGAAUCAAAAUCAACAAAUUAAUGAAGACUCUGAAAGUGCCAUUUCCGACGAUCUAGAGAUUUCAAAUAUUCAACACCCCCACCCCCAGUUAAUAAAGCAUCAUAUGCUCCUGCUGCACAGUGUGGAUUGGUGGAGUGGUGUAUGGUGCAGCCAAAUACAUGCACUCACUGACUCACACGCAUAAUGCAUUUCAAUUAUGUUGCAACAGAGCAGAUGCCUUAGCUUCUAUACCGAUGCAAUUUAAAAGUUUUGAGAAUAAAAUCCUGCAUAGAUGAAUGAGUACACAAAACUAUUGAGCACCAAAAAUUCACACAACUUUCCCAUCAGAUAUCUAAUGGUCUACCCCUUACCACAUAUUGUACAUUUUGUACGUUUUUAUGUUAUUUGCAUCUCCAAAAACUCCUACUUUUGUCCUACUUUUCUACACAUUUUCCUACUUUAUUCCUACUUUUUCUAAAAUUCUAGUUCUACUUUUAUUCUACUUUUUUACACAAGGAUACCAGAAAGCCUGAGGUAGUAUGUUUCCUUCAAAUUUUAUAAGAGAAAUAAAAAAAACUGGUAUUCUGUAGUACUGUGAUAUUCUGUGGUACUUUGAUAUUCUGUGGUAUUCUGUGGUACAUACACCUGUAGAUGGCUCUUGUAUAUACUCAUGCAAAGUGUCGACUGUAUUUUUAGACGAACGAAAAUGGAUCCUCUUUGGAAUCAGAUUGUUGUUGCUGGGAAUUAUGAGGGGCAAAAGUAAGAUGGAAAGCAAUGGACCUUUCCCCUUAUGAGUGAAAUUUUGAUCUAGAUAUGCCUGGACAAAAAUUUUAUCACAGCCUGAAAGAGCAUCACAAAAUUAGUAAUAUUCCGAAGUUUCGUUGCGAAAUGUUGUAAAAUGCGGAUAAUAUAGCCCUGCGAAGUUUGCCGUUUUUCAGUCAUUUUGCAUUACAAAUGGAAAUUGAUAAUCAUAUGAUCAAACUGAUUAUCAAUUUCCCGUUUGUAAUACAAAAUGACUGAAAAACGGCAAACUUCGCAGGGCUAUAUUAUCUGCAUUUUACAACAUUUCGCAACGAAACUUCGGAAUAUUACUAAUUUUGUGAUGCUCUUUCAAGCUGUGGUGAAAUUUUUGUCCAGACUUGUCUAGAUCAAAAUUUCACUAAAAAGGGGAAAGGUCUAUUUGUUAUGAAUAUUUGCAUAUUGAUAGGGAUUAUAACUGCCUGGAAAAUACAAGGAUUUAGGAUUGUCUUAUUAUCGGCACUACCUAAACUGAUAGGCCUUAAAAUAUCUUUUACCGGGCCGUCUCACAAAAUGUCUGAUGACUUUGAGUUUGGGUCGGACAUGCAAUAUCACAUAUGUGUGAUAAUGUCCUUCAGUUCUGUUUGGCUCGGAAAUAAGUCUGAAUGACACAAUAUCAACACAAUGUAUUAAUUCUGAACUAAAUGUUGUGAAGAUAUUAAAUAAUUUGCACCAUGUCAUUCAUACUUAUUUCCAAGCCAAGAUCAACUUGCUUGCCGAUAACAGCAGUAAGACUUCGACACCUUAAGCCCGUUUUCAACUUCACCAUUUUGCUCGCUCCCCCGCGCUCAAUAACAUUAAAACAACAUUUACGGUUCACUUUUUAUACAUUACUCUGAUUCUCCAUUUAAAUUAACCUACGAGCCUCUAGUCCUGGACUAGGGUACAUUUUGAUUUACGUUGGACAAAGUUACAGUUAGGUCGGACACCAAUUCACUCGGGUCGGACAAAAAUAAACCUCAAUUUCACUUAAGUCGGACAGAAUGGUUGUUUCCUCUCUGCAUCAGACAAUUUCACGAAUGGGUUGGACAAUGUCCGUGACCGACCGAUAUUUUAAAGGCUUGCUGUUCACAAAUGCAUAUGUUUCAGCAUAGACAAUCCAGAAGACAUGUCUUCUGGAUUGUCUAUGGUUUCAGAGACUUUUGCAGAUCAUAAAGUUCUUAAAUAUUUCUUAUCAAUGUUAUAGUUUCCUUGGUUAUAUCGACAGACUUGGUAUUGCAUAUGAAGGGCCGACUAUUGCGACAGGAUAUGGAGCUUAUAUAGCUCAGGUACAAGUGCAUUUGAUCAUAAACACAUGUAAAUUUGCCCACUGUACCAUCAGUAGCACAGUACCGCACAAAUAUCUUAUUUGUUUAUAAUUUCUGUAUGUCACCAGCCAAUGCUUCGCGAUGCUAUGGAAAAAAAUCCAAAUAUGUCUGAAGAAGAGGCUGCAGAACUGCUCAGGAAAUGCCUAACAGUGUUGUAUUAUCGAGAUGCAAGAUCUCUGAACAAAGUAAGUAACUUGUUCAGGGUGGUACUGGAAUUCUCGGGUAGGUGGUGUCUAGGUGGAAUGCGCAUCCUCGCGCGGUAGAUUCGCCCCUGUGUAAUGUAAUACCAAUUUUACUUUAAUUUUAGUAUGAGUUAGCAAUUGUCAGGGAUGGUAAUGAACCAGUUAUAUCGAACGUGAAAACGCUUGAAACUAACUGGGAUAUAGCUCAUUAUGUAAAGUAAGUACUUCAUCUCUCCAUGCUAAAAUCUAUAGUUACCACAAGUGAAAUUGCCUGGCAUUAGAAAAAGCAUGGAUAAUCCUCAUACAGUACAUGCAAAAAGUCUGUAAAGUUAAUUAACAGGAUGCAUGGUCUGAUUAACCCAUUGAGUGGCAGAACUCUCCCCUUGAUAAGUAAAAUCGUCUGGCAUUAGACAGAGUAAAAUAAUACAGUAGGAUGCAUCAGAGCAUAUUGCCACUUAAAUGGUUAAAUUAGCUAAAACUUAUUUCCAAUCCCCUUUGCUCAAUGGCUUGCUAAUGAUAAAACCUGAAUAGGAAAUUUGUAUUCUGCUCAAGACAACAAUUUUUUGUUCUUCUUUGGCAUGUCAAAACUAAUGUAUCGUAUUUGGAGGUUUACAUUAUAUUCUGUUAUUUUUCAGAGGAUACGAGUAAAAUUCCAAUGCAUUUGAAGAGAACUCCAGAGAAGGUUUUAUUAGUGAAACGUUUCUGUAAGACAUUCGUUUGUGCAACGAAAGGACAUUAGCUAUAUAUGUCAUUAAUUUUAUUAUACACGAUAACAUAAUACAUCUUUCAAAAGAG